AUGGCGCGGAUGGUCAAGUCUGGAAAUGUCGACGUAAUCACUGGUGACUGGCUGUCAGAGAUGAACAUCGCCUGGAACGCCAUCGUAAAAGGUGACACGGAUCCUGACCUCGGGUACGAGAACGGCUUCUACCAGCAAUUGGAAGAGUGCCUCAACGAGAUAAUCGUGAAGGGCAUAAAGGUCGUCACAAAUGCUGGAGCUCUCAACACUCUCAGCUUGUACAGCAAAGCCCAAGACCUCUGCAAAGCUCGGGGAUACGGGGACGUAGUCGUCGCUGCCGUCCUGGGUGAUGAUGUAGCUGAUGUUAUCAAAGAUUCUAAAAGACGAAAUCAAUUGCAAUUCACCACCAAGAACGACCCUUAUAUCGGAUGCCAGGGGAUCUCCAAAGCUUCAAAGGGCGGUGCCAGUAUUGUCAUCUGUGGCCGAGUCACGGAUGCUUCACCUGUCAUGGGAGCUUGUGCUUGGUACUUCGGUUGGCAUGAAGAAUAG